AUUUCAGCUAGUCGCCUCAUGAUGAUUAUAUUCUAAUAACUUGUACUAAAAUAACUAAAACCGAAAUGAAGAUGAAGAAAAAAUAAACAGGUAUAUAGUAUUUCAAGUCAUUUUUAAAUGACUAUAACUUCAACUAAAACAGAAAUAAAAACAGAAAAAUAUAACAAUGAAAAUUACAUUUUACUAAAACUGUAAUAGAUCUGAACUAGAGUCCCCUGACUACUCUUUCUAUUCUCAUUAGUGCUGUUUUCUAGCACACAUACUAGAAAUAUUAAACUAAACGGCUCAAAAAUAGAUAUGCAUGAUUAAUACUUCAAAUCAAGCUGCAUGUUGAGACCCAAUAAACAUGUUACUUAAUGUUAACGUGAAUGACAACUUAAAUAUUUUAAGUUGACUCAACUAAAAAAAAAACUAGGCUGCGGGGUAACAAGCUAUUUCAAGUUGAAACAACUAUUGGUCUUCUUAUGGUUUCUCAAGCCACAAAGAGACAUCGAACGUUCAACGUUUGAAGCUCCAGUCCCACGAGCUAUUUGCAUUUUGCAUUUCACUCGCUUCGAGCUGAAGAGCAGAUGUUUCCUGACAAAAAGGGAAGUCAUUAUUCAACCCGCUCUUGAGAACGCAAGCAUCGGUUAACCUGAAAUGUCUCCUUUUCCAACGAUUGACGUGAAUAAAAAGUAAAAAAAAGCAUUCCCUUCAUUUAGCGUCACUCGCUCAGUCGACAUCGAUAUCCAGUGCAUUCACGGGCGGCCAUAACAGAGGCCUUCGUUUGGGCGUCUCUUCUGGAGGCGCUGGAGGAGAGUUCCUGGUUGAUCGUCAUUGGGGUUUGUGAUAUCAGAUGCGAUUAGCGCUUCAGUGCUCUUUAAAUGCUAGCUGUUCAUCUCCAGCGUUUUAGACGGUAAAGCCACCGAAGGCACAGCUAACACCAAUGGGACUGCGCAACUCUCACCCGAAGCUGUACCCCGGAGACAUCCUCGAGUUUCCCGGCAACGGCUACUUUUCUCACUUCGGCGUUUACUACGGUGAAAGAGACGGCGUUCCUUACGUGGCCCAUCUGACCAUCAGAGACACCAAACUCCUCCUUUUCGGCCGCGCUAUAAACGCCUCCGUGAAGCUUGACCCGCUCGCCAUAGUUGGGAAAAAAUACAAAGUGAGAAACUACCUGGACGACAAGCAUCCGCCGCGGGAUUUCUACGUCCUCAUCAAGCCGGAGAUCGACGACAUCAUGACGAAACCCAUCACCUUCGACAUCCUGUUCAACAACAGCGAACAUCAGGCCACUAUGUUACGAUACGGGGUCAAAAAGUCAGAGCAGAUCGAAAAGGUCUAUGCCAGGAUAGUUCCCACCUGGAAAGAUUUAUUUGAGAAGAAAAAGAUUUGAGAGCCGCAUCUUUCUCUGCAUGAAGACGCAAGACUUCAAGAUCACACACAAAAAAAAACUACUUCUUUCUUAAAUAAUAACGUGCCGCGUCAAAUAUGCACGCAUGACUUUUUUCUUGAUGCUCAUAUAAACAAGCUGCAUAAUUUUUGUGAAUGCAUUUGUGGAUAUUUUCGAUAAGUGUCCAGAAGGAGGCGACAAAUAGCUAAAGUUUGCACCGAUUUUAGCAUAAAUUUGAUAACGGCAGGAACCCUAAAUGUGCACAAAAAUGUGCUUGUAUUAAUAUUUGUAUAUAGUCGGAGGGGAAAAUAGCUAUGCCAUCUUGUGCAUUUCUCAACUUGAUCAAUAAUGUUUCA